AUGUUGGCUCAUUUGUUGCGGAAGAGUCCCAACUCCAGUCUCAUUAAUCCUAGUAAUAACAGUAAUAACUCCAAUAUAAGCUCAAAUUCUAAUUUCAGUACGCAUUAUACAAAUAAUUCAAAUAAUCAAGCGUCUAAUCUAUAUUCUGGUUCUCUGCAUGCAAAAUUUCAUUCAAAUGCAAAUGUAGAUACAUCUUCAGUAAAUUUUAAUACUACAGACACUAAUAUCCCUAAGGUAUAUGCACAAAACCAUAUGUUGGAUCAUAUGUAUGAUGAUUUGAAAUUUAAAUUGUUCGGUACAAACACAUUAAAAGAUAAAAAUGAUAGGAUCUGUAAUAUACAAACUGAAAAUAAAGAAAAGCCUACCAUGACAAAUCCACCAUCAUUAAUUCGGCGAACUUCUUCCUCUCUUUCCUUAUCGAAUGAGCGAUUUCAAGAUGGGUUUGGUGUGUUUAUUGUGGAAGAGACUGCUAAGCGUAUGAGUCGAUGUAGUUAUAGGAUAGCUAUGGAAUACGUUAGUAUUAAAGGUACUGCUAUUCAAAAAAUCAGGCCUAAUGAAUUAAAAGAAUAUAUAUUUGGUUCGCCAAUUAGAUUAUCAAAUAGUACUCAAACAACUAAAAUAAGAUUUAUCCCUACUUCAGGUUUGAUAAUGGUGACAAGAUUAUUUUAUUUUGAAGCUGGUAGUAAUAGGUUAGCAAUUUGCUUUUGUGUUCCUAAAAAAUAUUUAGUAGCUAUUUGUGAGGUUUGGAAACAAGUUUCACUUUGGUUUGAUCGGAUUCAAGAUAUUAUAAUUAAUUUAAUUAAAAAUAGAGGCGCCAAUAAUAAUUAUCGAUCAUUUGUUCUAUCGCCAUGUGGUGGUAAUAAUGGAGAUAAUUCAGAGAUUUUAUUACCUGUGGAUAUUAGAAAUCAAUAUCCUGUGGAAGCAGAACGUAUUAUAACCUGUUUAAAAAAAAUGUUGAUACCAAAUAUAGAAUCCAUCUAUAUUACUCCAAGGUUAUUUAUGUAUCCAACGACUUCAAAAGGCUUUGUUGAAUCUUGGUUUAUUGAUGUAUUUAACUGGUUAGAAAUUAAAGAUGGUAAUAAAAUGGGGUUUCUUACUGUUUUGAUGGCUAAAAUAAUGAUGGAUUUUAGAGAUUUAUUGAAAAAAUCAGAUGUUACUAGAAUAGUUAUUCUGUCAGGGAAUCCCGUGGUGGCUAAUAAAUUAAUAUUUAUAUUAUCUGGUUUAUUGGGACCCAAAUAUAAAGGUAGGGUUGAAUUUGAUACUAUGGGCAACUCUAACCUAUUAUCAAUUGGACAUAAGAAAAAACCGUAUAAUUUUAAAGAUCAUUUACCAAAUACUAAUAAUACUAAUUAUAAUCAUAAUAAUAAUAAUAAUCACAAUCAUAAUAACGCUAACAAUGCGUCAUUUGACUCGAUUAAUAAUAUGAGACAACCAAGUGAAACUGGGACCGUUACAUCUUCUGAAGAAGCUUCUAAUGCUACUGUUGAACAAUUUCCAUCACUUACUAUGCAUUCUACAUCAAAAGGUUGGGAAAUACCUAAGAAAAGAGGGACUACAAAUUUAGCAUCGAUAUCUUCAAAUGAAUUUCUUGGAGAUGUUAUUCAACCAUCAUCUUUUAAAAGUGGUAGUAGUUCUUUGCAUCAUCUAUUUUCAUCAAUAUCUAGCCAAACGGGUUCACAUGGAUCAUGGUUUAGUAAGAGACCCACUAUAUCACAACAUAUGCAGCAUACUCCAUCUACUAUAUCUAGUGGCUCGUAUGAUAGACUACCUUCAUUGUUUCGGUCCAGUAGUAAUACAUCUAUAUUUGGUGGGCAAGGUUCUGGCCAAGGUAGAACAUUUUCUAAUUUAAGUUCAUCAUUUGCUACCACGGCAUUAGCAAGUUUUAGUACACCUCAACAAUCACCAUCAAUUAGUGAAUAUGAUGAUUAUCCAUGGUUUGGUACACCUUCGACUAAUAACUCCAAUACAAAUAAUACAGAAUUAUUUUCAUAUAAUAAUGGAUCAUUAUCUUAUAAGAAAAAUUCUAAAUAUAAUUUCCCCAUGGUUAAUUUACAACUUGAACGGAAUUAUCAAAGAUUAUCACAAGAAUCGAUCCUUGAUGAGGCAUUUGAUAGAAUAAGCAAGGAUACGACAAUGGAAUUGAUAGACACUGUUGAUAAUCAAAACGAUAGCAGUACAGAUUAUAAGAUCACUAUGGGUAAUGAAAACCAUGCAUCUGUAUUGGAAGUACCAAUGAGAGAUUUGGAUGAUGAUAAGAAUGAAGAAUCGAUCUUGGAAGGUAUAUCAGAUACUGAACAAUUGCCAAGAUACACUAUAUUCCAGCCAUACUAUAAUGGAUUAUUUCAAUUACAAGCAUGUCCACAAGGUAGUGAAUCUGAACAUAAAGUGACAUUAUCGAUGAAACAAGAACUUUAUAAUCAUUCCGAAGUUCAUACGUUAUUAGUACUCCCGGGAACCCGUGAAAUUAAAGAAGUUAUUAUGAGUAAGAAAUCAUUAACCGAGAAUGGGAAAUCGAAAAUUUGUACCAAUGAUUCCAAUACAGAUUUGGAAUCAUUAAUAUCGCCCAAUUCUACGGAACGUGUAAUUUUAAGAACCAAGAGAAUAUUUGGCAAUGGUAGAAUCAUCUCUAAUAAUGGCAUUACUCCUACUACAAAUCUUGCGUCUACCGCUAUAACCCCGGAUACUACCGGAGGCUUACUGGUGGAUUAUGCUACAUUGAUUGAAGAUAUUUUAAAACAGGCCAAUGAUAUAUUUAUGUCCACUUCCACCAGCAAUAUAUUAUCUACCAAUAAUACUAAUAAUGAUAACAAUAAUAACAUUACUUCUAUCAAUAAUCUAGCUUCCACGGCUCCAGCCACAGCAGCCUCUACUGCCAAUAAUACAACUGUUCAAGAUAUUGGACCUAUAACAGGAUCUUCAGUAGUAGCUACAAGUAUGGCUUCUCCACAUUUUACUCAAAACUCUACUACAGCUACCAUAGCUGGCCCAAUUGCAAGAGAUGAUAUCUCUAGUAUAAGAGACGAUCUCUCUAGUUUAAAAGAUGAUAUCCCUAAUACAAGAGAUGAUACCCCUAGUGCAAGCAAUGAUACCUGCAAUGUUGAACCAAUGAACCGUGGACUCCAAUUACAAGCUCUAUUUACAAAACUGUUGAACCCUGAAUUGUCACUGCCCAAUCCUAUUCCCACUUAA